CAGUCUCAUUCUCAGCUCUAUAACCACGUAUAUAGAGAUAUAUAUACAGAACAGAGAUAUAUGGUCAUAUCACAGAGAGUAAAGGAAAAAACCAAACAUGGCACCUUCGUCUUCGUCUUCACCUUCACCUUCCUCUUCGUCCAAAUCACCACCUUCUCCUCAUGAUCUUCCUUCUUCUGGGCCAAACCAGUCGAGUAGUACUACUGCUACUACUGCCCAUUUCACUCCUAUUCAAGAGUGCGAGAGAGAAGAAGAGCACGAAGAAGAUGAUGAAACCCCUGGUAGUAAUCAUCAUCAUACGGCUUGUACGGAGAAGGGAACCACUCCGAAGCACAUACCGACUCCUCUUCAUCAUCAUCAGCAGCAGCAGCAGCCUAAGAAUGGGAAAACCAGCUCCAAGAAACGGCAGGAAUCCGGCGCCGGCGCCGGGGAUGAUGCAACGGUGGCGUGCUACAAGUGCAGACCACAUGCUCGAGAAAAGAUCUCUGUGGUUCCUGUAGACAACAACGGUGUGCACAGGCAUAGUUCGUCUGUGGCGAGUCCGAAUAGCAUUUUCAAGUCUAUUAUCUCGUCGUUGACCAGAAGAAGCCCGAAACCCAGCGACGCUUUGCCGUCGUCUGCGGCGGCGGCUAGAGAGGAGCAGUGGAAAAUUGCGGUGGCUGAGCUCUCCCAUAAGCUGAUUCAAGCUACGAGAAAGAGAGAUGAUGCGGUUCUUGAAGCUUCGAGGCUUAAAUACUCCAUGGCCGAGCUUGAAAAGAAGCUCAACAAGCUCGAAAUCUACUGCCGUAACUUGAAGUCCGGCCUCGACGAGUGCAGUAUCAGUAAUAACUCGUCGCCGUGUCAAGUGGGCAAAAUCCAAAAUCGUCUAAGUUUCAAUCUUUCCACAACCCGAAACGAUGACAAGGAAGUGGUUGAUAAUUUUCUGGUCACAGUCUCUGAAGCUCGGACCAAUAUCAGAGUCUUGAGCCGGUCACUAACUAUGCAGCUCCGCCACAUGGGUGGCAAAGUAUACGACAGAAUAACAGCUCUUCUACAACCAUACGACAUCAAAAUCUCGCUCUCAAAGAACCCCAGAACCUUACUCAUCUACCUAGAAGCUUUACUGAACAAAUCUUUCUUCGAGGAUUUCGAAUCAUCCAUGUUCCAGAAGAACUCCGCAGCCCAAGUCCUGAACCCCAUCGACAGAUGCGAGACAAACUACGCGUCGUUUAAGCACCUCAAGGGUCUGACAUGGGAAGAAGUUUUAACCAAAGGGACGAAGCAUUUCAGCGAAGAGUUCAGCAGGUUUUGUGAUAGAAAAAUGAGCGAGAUCGUGGCCAUGUUGGGGUGGAACAGGGCGUGGCCGGAGCCUUUGUUGCAGGCCUUCUUCGGCGCUUCAAAGAGCGUGUGGUUGGUCCAUCUCUUGGCCAACUCGGUUCACCCCAACUUGGGCAUCUUCCGGGUCGAUAAGGAAACCGGGUUUGACUCGGUUUACAUGGAGGACAUGGGUGGUGGUGGUGGUGGGGUAGAUAGAGCCAGGAAGUUGGUCCCCUCGGUGGUCCGUAUAAUGGUGGCGCCUGGGUUCUACGUUUAUGGCAGUGUGGUCAAGUGCAAGGUGCUCUGCAGGUACCAAAACGACAAGAGUAUUAGUGGUAAUAGCAAAAGUUUGAUCUCCUCUUCCCCACCUUAGUCCUUUUCUGUUUUUUAAUUUUUUUUGUGAAAUAUUUUAAUUUUCUAUAUUUAAAAAAAACCCCAAAUCAGAAUAGUUAUUUUUAUGAUACCUUUUUUGCUACCUUGAUCUCGUGAUAAUGAUCUUGUUAUAAUAUAUAAGUAAGUGAUGUUAGUUGUUUAGGAUCAUCAAAGGAAAUUGGCAUUUUGUAAAAUUGACUUUGUUGUUUUAUUCUUUGUCUGGUCAAUUCUGAAACUUUAUCUGUUAUU